UGAUCGACAUACCAGCAGGUUGUUCCAGUUAACAGACAUGAUACAGAAACACGACUGCAAUUGACCUACAUUCAAACCGACUUUAUCUGAACUGCAUUCAGGGCUUUGACCUAUACGGCAAUUGGGACACAUUGUUCCCCUCGUCCCAGUGCGAAAAAUAUUGAAUUGUCAAUUUGAUAGACUCUUCGGAUGUAAUUGAAGUAUAAGGUAAGAUCUUCGCAACAUUGCUCAAGAAGAUAUUUGUGGAGACGGAACUCAGUUGGGUGUGUUUGGAUUGCUGUGCCUUUUUCAUGCAAAUUGUGAGUGGAUUGGCGGGUACAACAGAAGAUGAACGUAGUUCGGAUCCUUGACGAUGGGGGAGACGGGGCGUCGUUCCUGGAGACAGACGGACAGGUGCUGCCCAAUGGCGACAUCAACGCCUUCCAUAACCUCGCAAGUGUCAACGUGCGUAGCGACGACAUCAUUGUAUCAGCAUACCCAAAGGCAGGAUCCCAUUGGGUGACGGAGAUAAUCCACUUCCUGUUAGCCGGAAGUGUUGACGUCGAUGACUUCCAGAAGAUGGUCACCAUGAUUGACAGUUCGCCCGAGACAGCAUACCGAGACCUCCCCUCGCCCAGAAUUCUAAACACGCACCUGCGCCUUGAACAACUUCCGGCGGAUGUGCUUAAGAAGAAGGUGAAGCUGAUUUGUGUACUUCGGAACCCUUUGGACGUUGCGGUGUCAUACUUCAACUUCCUGCGCGUUCUCACCUUCUGCGACUACAGCGGGAAGUGGAGCAACUUCUGUAGGCCGUACUUCAACGGGAAAUUUUGUUAUGGGUCGUGGUUUGACCAUACCCGGCAUUGGGAGGAGGUUAAAAGGGCCAAUCCUGACCACCCCAUUCUUACCCUGGUCUAUGAGGACUUUAAAGAGAAUCCCGUGAGGGAGGCCGUGAAAUUGCGAGAUUUUCUUGGUGUGGCGAGAUCUGAUGAGUUCGUGAGGCAGGUGUGUGAGCACUGCCAUUUCGAUUCAAUGCAGAAACGAAAGGCAACAACGGAAAUGGGGAAAUAUGCCUUCAGGAAAGGUAAAGUGGGUGACUGGAAGAACUGGUUCACUGUGGCACAGAAAGAGUGGUUUGAUCAGCUCUACAAGGAGAAGAUGGCUGACAUCCCAAUAAAAUUCAGAUACACACUAGAUGACUGAGGUACCGGUCAUCCUAUUAACUUACGUCUCAUGUUAUCCAGAGAAGAUACCUGACACAAGGAGGAAUAGUAUUGCUGAUGACAUUAUAGAGAUAUGUUAAAUGCUGCUGAUACAGUUGGCUCAACAAUGGGUUCACAUUUAGAAAAUCUUGUCCUCAGUUUUAUAUGUUAACAAUCACUGAAAUAAAAAUGUACAGUGUUACCAUUUACUGUUCGGACAUUGGUGUCCUAAGCUAGUAAAGAGCUGGUUCCUAUAAAACUACUUUGUCAUAGAAUGCGAAAUAUUUCUCCAAAGGUAUUGUUUUAGAAUGUUUGACGAUCAGAUUAAUAAAAUUCUUUUCCAUUGUUCA